AUGCCACGGUUAUUUAGUAACUAUCGUUUUAUAAUAGGUGCUGUUGGUGCCAUUAUGUUAUUCUUAUUGAUAAGGGUAUCAAAUGUUGGUCAGUCGAAUCUUGAUAUUGCAAGAAACGUAGCGUCUACUAUUAACCGUCCGGCAAAUCCACCAGAUGUGGAAAGUGCACAAGUUUCUAUCUUACCUAUUCAGGAUACACCGGGUUAUAUUGAGGAUCCAAAGGCUGAUUCGAAGAAUCCAGAAUUAUCAUCUGCUGUAAAACAACAAAUUGAGAGCGCUGAAUCAUCUGUUUUUUCUAGUUCCAGCUCAAAUAUUGCAUGUGAUAAGGGGCAUCAGUACGUGGUAAUGAUUGAUGCUGGUUCUACUGGUUCUCGUGUUCAUGUCUAUGAAUUUGAUGUUUGUACACAACCACCUACUUUAAUUAACGAAACUUUUGAAAUGCUAAAACCAGGUCUAUCAUCAUUUGACACGGAUGCAAUUGGUGCUGCAAGUUCCUUAGAUCCAUUGUUAAAUAUUGCCAUGGAUGUUGUUCCAAAGAAUAAAAGAUCAUGUACACCAAUAGCUGUCAAAGCUACAGCAGGUUUGAGAUUGUUAGGUGAAGUUAAAAGUAACAAGAUUUUACAAGCUGUAAAAGAUCAUUUAGAGAAGGAUUAUCCAUUUGCAGUGGUUGAUGGGGAUGGUAUAUCUAUUAUGAGUGGUGAACAGGAAGGUGUCUAUGCAUGGAUUACAACCAAUUAUUUACUAGGGAACAUUGGAAGUGGUAAGAAAUUGCCAACCAGUGCUGUGUUUGAUCUUGGUGGUGGAUCUACACAGAUUGUUUUCGAACCAAGUUUCUCUCCAAAUGAAAGAAUGAUUGAAGGUGAACACAAAUAUGAAUUAAAUUUUGGUGGAUAUGAAUAUGUAUUGUAUCAAUUCUCUCAUCUUGGUUAUGGAUUAAUGGAAGGUAGAAAUAAGAUUAAUUCUGUGCUUGUGGAGACUGCGAUAAAGAACGGAUUGAUUAAGAAGAACGAUUUUACUAACAUUUACACACUUAUAAGCCCAUGUUUACCACCAAACAUAACUGCACCAAAGGAGAAAGUGAAGUUGAAUGACGGAACAAUUUAUACAGUAAUCUUUGAAGGUCCCAAAGUGGCAGCUGGUGCACAAUGUAGAUAUUUAGCAGAUCGAAUUUUGAAUAAGGAUGCAAUGUGUACCCAACCACCAUGUUCCUUUAAUGGUGUGCAUCAACCAUCAUUAGUUCAUACGUUUAAAGAGACAAACGAUUUGUAUAUCUUUUCAUAUUUCUAUGACAGAACACAUCCAUUAGGCAUGCCAUUAAGUUUCACAUUGGAUGAAUUGUAUGAUCUAUCAAGAAUGGUGUGUAACGGUGAAGAGACCUGGGAAAGUGUGUUCCAAAACAUUAAUGGAUCAUUAGAAGAAUUAAAGAACGACCCACAUUUUUGUCAAGAUUUAUCCUUCCAAGUAUCAUUAUUACACACAGGUUAUGACAUUCCACUUCAUAGAGAAUUAAAAACCGCCAGAAUGAUUAACAAUAAUGAACUUGGUUGGUGUCUUGGUGCAUCCUUACCCUUAUUAGAUGGAAAUAACUGGAAAUGUAAAUUAACACAACUUUAA